AUGAAUCUUAUCCGCCCGGCCGACGCCUGCAGCUGCUCCCCGGUGCACCCGCAACAGGCGUUUUGCAAUGCAGAUGUAGUGAUCAGGGCCAAAGCGGUCAGCGAGAAGGAGGUGGACUCUGGGAACGACAUCUAUGGCAAUCCCAUCAAGAGGAUUCAGUACGAAAUCAAGCAGAUAAAGAUGUUCAAAGGCCCUGACCAGGAUAUAGAGCUCAUCUCCACGGCCCCCUCCUCGGCGGUGUGUGGGGUCUCGCUGGACGUUGGAGGAAAGAAGGAGUAUCUUAUUGCAGGUAAGGCCGAAGGGAACGGCAAGAUGCACGUCACCCUCUGUGACUUUAUUGUGCCCUGGGACACCCUGAGUACCACCCAGAAGAAGAGCCUGAACCACAGGUACCAGAUGGGCUGUGAGUGCAAGAUCACGCGCUGCCCCAUGAUCCCAUGCUACAUCUCCUCGCCGGACGAGUGCCUGUGGAUGGACUGGGUCACGGAGAAGAACAUCAACGGGCACCAGGCCAAGUUCUUCGCCUGCAUCAAGAGGAGCGACGGGUCCUGCGCCUGGUACCGUGGAGCCGCGCCCCCCAAGCAGGAGUUUCUCGACAUCGAGGAUCCAUAAGCGGGCACCGACCCCCUGGCCGACGAGAAGCCUCCCAGAGUUUAGACUGGUCCAGCCCUGACAUCAUUCCUGGGAACAGCAUGAAAAACAGUCGUCCAAGGG